AUGCGCACAUGGAACUUGAUAUGCCUUUGCCAAUUGCAGUACAUCUUGCAGAUGGAGAGGCCGAUCGCGGCUUUUCAUCCAGUUGGAACGGGCUUAUUGUUGACUAGAUUCUCGGUCGGCGCUGGACGUCCACCUGUGAUCGCAAAGCAGUACUUGGAUCAAUGUGCCAAAAUACUCGAGUUUCCAUCAUACAACUUUCGGGAUGAGUUGGUGCUUGCAGGAGUGGAGCUUUAUCACACACUUUGGGAUCUCACAAGCUCCAAUGUAAUUCAGAAAAAAAGUGCAACAUGGCCCGAAAUUGACAAGCUGCGCAAAACUCAUGAUCACAUUUACAAGCUUGAUUCAUCUGAGCCAUUGCGUUUCGCAUACUCAUGCACCUAUCUCAUCCUUGCGCGUCGAACAUUACAACAUCUAAAUUACACCCUGACUUCCGCAUCAAAGGUCCUAGACAAGAUAACCCAGAAACUUCCCUUCAUUGAAGAAGCCAUUUUUCAGUCUCAUCAACUUUUGAUAUUUUUCCUGUCAAUGUCCGACCUCACCACUUACAUCCACCCCGCUUAUAACAAACCCACCUGUGCUCUUUCGCCAUGGUCACUUUGGCUGAGUUUGUGUCUCGUAUCCCUGACGUGA